AAAACCAUCAUAAUAUCAUAUCUCUUUUUAUUUUUUCCAAGAGUUUUUUGUUUCUUCUUCUUAUUAAUGGAAGGCAAGCAAACCAGAGGCAGGCAAAAGAUCGCAAUAAAAAGGAUAGAAAACGAAGAUGACAGGCUCAUCACAUUCUCGAAACGUCGAUCUGGGAUCUACAAAAAGGCAAGCGAGUUGGUGACUCUAUGCGGUGCUGAGGUUGCGGUGCUAGUGUUCUCACCAGCCGGCAAGGCUUUCUCCUUUGGCCAUCCAUCUAUAGAAUCUGUUGCAAAUCGCUUUCUUGGACAGAACAUAGCACCAAAUGAUAACACCCACCCUCUUGUCGAGGCUCACAGAAAGGUGAGAAUUAACGAGCUAAACCAGCAACACAAUGAACUACUUAGUGAGAUGGAAGCUGAGAGAGACCGAGGAAAGGUGCUAAAGGAAGGGACAAGUGAGAAAUCAAGCCAAGGUUGGUGGGAAGCUCCCAUUGAUGAGCUUAGCCUGCAAGAGCUUAAGCAAAUGAAUGUGAUGCUAGAAGAGUUUCAUAAGAAUUUGCACAAAACAAUUAAUGAGCUCAGAAGAAAUGGAGGUGCAUCUUCAUCAUCUUUCCAAGUUCAUACUGGCCAUGCAACUAAUAUUCCAUUUUGCCAGCUCUAAUGCGAAUGGGGCUGGUUCUUUCUCAAUUUUUUCUUGAGGAUGGAUGCUUAUGGGCAUAAAAUAAUUCUAGCUUUCAAGAGUUCGCUUGUGAGCAU